GAGCGCGUGCAGGCUCUAGAGCAGCAGAUGAUAGCGUUGGCCCAGGAGCUGCAGAACCGCCAGCAGAGGGAGAACGAUCUCACGGCCGAGGUGCAGCGGCUCGGCCGUGUGGCCGAGGCUAGACCACGGGUGGACGGGCCUGUGCCGCAGCCUCGAGCCGAGUCGCUCGUGGACACCCGCACGCUGGGCAAGCCAGACGUGUUCACGGGCGAAGAGCACAAGUGGAACGAUUGGAAGGUGAUCUUCAAGGCGUACUGUGGCGUCGUGAACGCCGACUUGCUGGCAGGGAUGCGACUGGCAGAGAGCGCUGACGAGGCCUCAGUUCAGAGCGAUGACUUCCUCGAGGAGAACAUGAGGCAGGCCUCGCAGCAGCUGUAUUACAUCUUGCUCCUCCUCUGCCGGCAGCAUCCCCUGACGACGAUCGUGAAUGCUGGCGAGAAUGAGGGCUUCCAGGCUUGGCGCAAGCUGGUUGAAUACUGCGAACCGAAUGCGAGGUCCCGCAUCGCGGGGCAGCUGCUGAAUCUCCUGAACUUCUCGUUCACUGGCGAUGUCGAGGACCGGCUGGCGCUGUUCGAGCGAGAGCUCCUCAGGUGCGAGCAGAGGAGCGGCGAGGCCAUCACAGCCUCCAUGAGGAUCGGCAUCGUCCUUCGGCAGCUCGAGGAAGGCCCUCUACGCCAGCACCUCUUGCUCAAUGCGACCAGGCUGGUGGAGUGGCAGGACUUCCGACGUGAGGUCACCGACAUCCGCCGUGCCCAGAGCGCCAUCGCCCCGGUGCCCGUGCCCAUGGACCUGAGCGCGUUCACCAAGGGUCACGGCAAGGGCAGGUUCAAGGGCGACGGCAAGGGCAAGAGCAAGUCCAGUGGCAAGGGCAAGAGCAAGGGCGACAGCAAGGGCAAGUCCAAGUCCGACGGCAAGAGCAAGACCAGCAGCAAGUCACAUGGUCAGCAGCUCGGGCCACUCUGCUGGGGCUGCGGCGGUCGCGGCCACACUCAGCGUGAAUGCCCGAGCAAGCACAGGGGGACGUUGGCGAGCAUGGAGCAGACGCUGGCUCGCAUCAACGCCUCCCAGUCGACGAGUACGACCGUACCAUCGGCGGCCAGCUCUAUCUCGACGGCUGCGACUACGAGGCUGAGUCAGGCGACGGCGAUGUCCGGCGCGAGCUCUCGACAGGUCGCAGCACUCUACCUGAACGACGCGGACGAGCAGGUCAGCUACCCGUUCGCGAACCUCCACUCCCUCAGCAUCUACGACCCGGGGCCGGACAAGGCGGACGUGGUCGACUCUGCGACCGGCGCGGCCCUGGACCUGAACAUGAUCCACGGCAACUCGGAUGCGGAGGAGGUCGAGCUCAAUGGCAUCUUGCGUGUGGGCAUCGACUCGUGUGCGGCGGCAUCGGUGCUGCCGCGUGGCUCGUGCACGGACUACCCGGUGCACGAGGGCGGCCAGGCGAUCUCGUACAAGACCGCCUCUGGCCACUACGUGAACGACGAGGGCGAGAAGAUCCUCGUGGGGACGAUGCCUGGGGCCUCUCAGGCACGCGCUGCCAAGUUCAGGGUGGCGGACAUCAGCAAGCCGUUGCUGAGCGUCGCGGAGAUGGUCGACCCUGGCCAUCGGCUCGUCUUCGACUCGGAGGGCGGGCAGGACAUUAGCUACGCGUACCACAGGACCAGCGGAGACGUUGUCAGGUUCUGCCGCAGGAAUAAGGUCUACGAGAUGGAUAUGAACGUCGACCCGCACGUGCCGGAGGUCUGCCCGGUCGAGGUGGCAGGCCACGAGCCUCCCGAGGGUGAAGCCGGCCAGCCAGGCGCGGCUCACGAGGAGGUCGCCGAGGGCCCGCCGGCACGGCCGGCGAGGGAGCCCGCGGCGCCGACGGCGGCCGAGCGAGCCGCGCACGAGGUGCUGCACGAGCCCUACAGGGCAUGGUGCCGGGAGUGCGUCUCCGGCAGAGGCCUGGUUGGCAUCGACUACGGCUACCUCGGUGAACGAGAGGACGCUACGCCGCUGCUGAUCGGGAAAGAUUCGAAGCAGCGUUGGUUCCACGCGUCGGUGGUGCCAGCUAAGGGGGCGCAGCAUCCCUGGCCGGCAAAGUCGUGGUCCAGGAGGCUGGCUUCGGCUGGCCACAAGCGCUUCGUCUUCCGCUCAGACGGCGAGGCGCCGCUCGUCGCCCUGAAGACCCGCAUCGGGGCCAAGCUCAAGGGGGAGUACGGCAUCGAGACGGUGCCCGAGGAGAGCGCGGUCGGCGACUCUCAGGGCAACAGCCUGGCCGAGCACGCGGUGCGCGAGGUCAAGGCCAAGGUGGGGACGGUGCGGGCGCAGGUGGACGACCUCCACGGCGUGAGCAUUGGCGUCGAGCACCCAGUGACCCCGUGGAUGGUCGAGUUCGCAGCCAUGUCCAUCAACCUGGGCAGGCGGGGCGCUGACGGCCGCACGGCUUGGGAACUUCGGCACGGCCGCCCCUUCAACAAGGCUUGCUUCUCGGAGAAGGUCCUGUAUCUCCCAGGGGGCAAGCGCAAGGCUGGAAUCGAGGACAAGUUCCUCGCUGGGCUCUACCUUGGGCCCACGCUUCGGACGGACGAGGUCUACAUUGGCACGGAGUUGGGCGCACUGCGGGCCAGGACCUUCAAGCGGUUGACGGUCGAGCAGCGGGCCGACAAGGACCUGCUGAACAGCCUCGUGGGGAUGCCGUGGGCGCCGGUGCCGACGGACGUGGAGGUGGACGAGGUGCCGGUGGCCAUCGAGAUCCGAGCGCCGGCGCCAGCGCCGGUCGCGCCUUUGGGCGGACCUCUGGCGCCCAUCCCCGAGGCUGGGGACCUCCCGCCCCGGGCUCUCCGAGUCGGGCGACCACCAGCAGGACCGCGGGCCGCCUACAUCAGGAUGGACGUCGAGAUCGCGAAGUACGGGCUCUCCCCGGGCUGCUACGGCUGCGCCGCGAUCCUCAACGGCGCCCGGGCGCAGGCUCACUCAGCCGAGCGCCGCGCUCGGAUCGAGCAGGCGAUGCAGGACGACGAGGGGGCAAAGCAGAGGCUCGAGGAUGCCCGUGAGCGGAAGCGGCAUCGCACUGACGUCGCCGGGCCUGUCUAUCAAGAGGGCGGCUCGUCAGGCAGCGGCGGUCCAGUCCCAGCUCAGCAGGUGCCGCCAGCACCCGAGGCCGCGGCGGCGGCUGACGUGGCGAUGGCUCCGGCACCACACGACCCCGGCGACGACAACAUGCGGGAGGAGAUCGGUGCCCUCCUGCUCUCUCUCGGCUACAGCGGGCGCAAGGCCGACGUGAUGGAGGUCUUCUGCCCGAAUAGGCUUGUGGGCUUUGCCCCCCUUUUCGGUCUGGUUCACGGCGGCUCGUUCGACCUGAGGGUUGGCUGGGACCUGACCGACCGCCAGCAGCAGCGACAGUGCCGGGAGCUGAUCGAGCACUUCGAGGUGUACUUCCUCUUGGGCAGUCCUCGCUGCGCGCCGUUCUCCAUGCUGAAGUACCUGAAUGAGGACACGGAGAAGCAGCGUGAGGCCUACGCCAUCGGGUACGAGCACUUGAGGUUCGUGAUGGAGCUCUACACGCUGCAGGUGAAGCACGACCGCACGUUCUUGCACGAGCACCCCUGGAGCGCGGACAGCUGGGACCUGGACAUCGUGAAGGAUGUGAUGGCUCUCCCGGGUGUCGAGGUCGGGCGAGGCGACCAGUGCGUGUUCCGACUGGUGGUUGCGGACGCGCACGGCGACAGGCUCGCCAAGAAGCCGACAGGGUGGAUGAGUAAUAACAAGGAAGUGUUGGAUGAGGUCUGCAAGCGCUGCCCCAAUGAUACUGGCAUUGGCAGCCGCCACGAGCAUUCCACCUUCGUCGGCCGCAACAUGCGUGUGGCGGAGAGGUACCCGAAGGUGCUCACGCUUUCGGCCCUGGAUGCUGGGCCGAACGUGGACGAUGAGGAGAUCAGCCUGAAGGACUUCGUCGGGAAGUGGCGCGACACGCUGAGGACCGAGUUCUACGACGACCUCACCGGCCUCCCGCUGGACCCCACGCGGGUGAAGGCCGCGAGGCGCCUGGAGAUGGAUUUCAUGGCGCAGCUUGGCGUGUGGGUCUACGCGAGGGAGGAGGACCGUCAGCGCGAGCUUGGACGGAGGCCUCUCAGUGUGCGCUGGGUUGAUCUCGACAAGGGCGACACCGAUUGGCCGGAUUACAGAUCCAGGCUCGUCGUGCAGGAGACCAAGGCGCAGAGCACCAUCGCCGGGGACGACAUCGGCGCGGUGUUUGCGGCGACCCCGCCGCUAGAGUGCCUCCGGCUCAUCUGCAGCAUGGUGAUGUCGAGCGACCCGUCCGAGGGCCGCGCGCUGCGCUUCCUGGACAUCUCGCGGGCACACCCGCACUGUGAGAUCAAGGGGACGGUCGACAUCAAGCUUCCAGAGGAGGAUCCGAUGUCGCAGGAGAUCGGUACGUGUGGGCUCUUGCGGAUGGCGCUCUACGGGACGCGCGACGCUGGCCAGAACUUCGAGCUCACGACUGCCGAGACGGUCAUCGGUGCUGGCUGCGACCAGUCGGCCUUCUCGCCUUGCGUGUACUGCCACAAGGACCUCCAGGUGAGCUUCUUCCACCACGGCGACGACUUCGUGCUCGAGGGCUCUCGGGACGGGACGGAGUCGAUCUGCGAGGCCCUGAAGACGAAGUUCAUCGUGAAGGACAGGGGCGUGCUCGGGCCGGCGCCUACCGACGCAAAGGAGAUCACGUGCCUCAACAGGGUAAUGCGCUGGCGAGACCGAUGGUGCCAAGGGGGCGAGGCCAUCGAGUACGAGGCGGAUCCCAGGCACGCGCAGAUCUUGCACGCGCAGCUUGGAAUGGACCCCCGCACCACGAAGUCAUUGAGCACGCCAGGGCUGAGCCAGAAGCUUACACCUGAGGUCGAGCGCGAGCUGAACGAGCACGAGGCGGCAGAGUACCGCAGUGCGUGCAUGAGGCUGGGCUACUUGGCGCUCGAUCGGCCAGAGGUGCAGUUCACGGCCAAGGAGUGCGCUCGCGGCAUGCAGAGGCCGACAGAGCGACACCUCCGCCUUCUGAAGCGCGCUGGACGCUUCUUGAUCGGGGCGCCGCGGGCCAUCUGGAAGUGGGGCCGACAGCGGGCACCCACACACCUGAUCGUUACGGCAUCGACGACUCAGAUCCCCAUCUCCAUGAGUUCGGGGGAGGCUGAGUUCUACGGCUGUGUGCGGGCGGCCAGCAGGGCCAUCGGCAUGCAGUCGCUGUGCCAGGGCCUCGGCAGGGACGUGAGCCUUCGCAUCUGCAGCGACUCGGCAGCUGCUCUUGGCAUCAUGCAACGACGAGGCUGCGGCAAAGUCCGACACCUCGAGACGCCGACGCUGUGGGUGCAGAAGGCACUCAAAGACAGACGGUUUCAACUGGCUAAGGUUCCCGGGAAGUCGAACCCGGCGGACCUGGGGACGAAGUUCCUCGACCAGGCGGCGAUGCUCCGAGGGCUGGAGAUGAUGAGUGUCAAGCUCUCGGACGCGCCCCUCUCGAGUGCCCUUCAGGCGAAGGUCUGA